AUGGCAGAGAGAAAGUGCUUCUCAGAAGAACCCACAACCGUUGAUGAGUCUGAGAUCAUAAAACCUUCUCCGGAGCUAAAGUUAUUUGGGUUUCCGGUUACCGACGGCGACGAACCUCCGGCUACGUUCCAAAACCUCGGCUACUGCCGGAGAUUUGAAUGCCAGUACUGCGGCCGGGAAUUCGCCAACUCCCAGGCACUCGGCGGCCACCAGAACGCGCACAAGAAGGAACGGCAGAGGGCGAAGCGGGCCCACUUCCAGAGCGACCACCACCGACGGUUCGGAUCGCCCGUUCCCAUUCUCAGCGCCCACGCGGGGCGACCGGUUCCGUUCGCUGGCCCCGCUGGACCCACCAGUUUUAGCGCCGCGCCAUCCGCCGCCUCAGCGCGGUUCAGGGCGAGGGCGGGGUGCAGUGCGACGGCACCGCAGCUGGUUCCGGUGCUACAGCCCAGAGGGGCUUAUGGGCUUUGCGUUGGACGGCCAGAGGAGGAGUUAGAUGUAGGCCUAGGCCCAGCUUCCAUAGGCCCGGCUAGCGGUCCGUUCAUCACAGAGGCGAGCGAAGCGGUUGAGCUUGAUCUCCACCUCAGACUGGCGCCUUCCUCCACCUUACGAUGA